UGAUAAAGGGUUGCUGCGUUCGCUGUGAUCGAUAGGUGUUGAACAAUUCCGGAGCGUCUAGAUUCGGCCAAAAUAGCCUGUUUGUUGGGUGGAGAUGUGAGGCGCAUUGUAGGAUGCUUCUGCCGGGGCGUGGUUCUCGUUCUCCUGUCGAACCUGCCUCGUCGUUUUCGUCACCGAGACGAAGAAUCGCGCACAUCCUGUGUACUGUUCCCACUGUACCGUAUUCGCUUUAGUUUAAAUCGUGUUUCCUACAUCGUAUUCUACCAUCGUUACUGCGUCGACGGUUUACCCGGUACUCCGAUCCCCUCGCCUGGCGGAUAUCCUUUUCGAGACUAUGUCGGCGACGAUCAACGACACCAUACGAUGGACGAAGCUGCAGAGUGAAGACAUCCCACUCUCAGCACCCACUCUCUUCAUCAGCUGCUCCACUGGGAACGACGGAUACCAAGCAGUACUGACAGACUUGAGCAACGUAUGGGUCGAACGGUUGCAACGCGACGACGUUAUCAAACGUGCACAGGAGAUCAAGACAACCAUAGACCCCAAUGAGUCUCCGUCUCAAUACCUCCUCUUUCUUCAAACGAUCAAAGACGGCUUGGUAGGCCAGCCGUUUACCACUUUCUGGCUCGCAACAGAACCAGCCUCGCAGGACGUUGUCAUGCAGCUCACCUGUCGUUUACCACCCCCUUUGCGGACCCUGACAUGGCGCGUGCAUUUUAAGCUCGCAAUGCAUGAAGGCAUCAAGAAAGCUAUUGUGAUGCCUUUGUUUAAAGUGACUCUCCUCGAGAGUAGAAAAGGAAGGGAGCUGCAAUCCGAAAUCCGCGCGAAAGACCACAUCAUCGGUAAGCUGCUCGAUGCGAUCGAGGCGGUGGGUGCUGAUCUAUCAUCCAUUUUUCCUGGUCUGGCAGGCGCUGGAAUUACGAGGACAGAAGAGCAUAGGAAAUGGCUGGUGGAAAAUGUCAACGGCAUGAGGGCUUUCGAUGAAGACACCAUGUUCCGAAGUAAGGUGCCAGCCCUGUUGAAGCUGCUCUCUGAUGAGCAGAUUGUCAACGAAGUGCCUGUUCCAGCAGAAUGGUCAUCUCUUCCAGAAAAUCGUGGGGGUUUACCGAAACCCCUUUGGUGGCAUCAACUGCCGCCCGAGCUUCCGGAGAUUGAAGAGGCAGAAGAUGGUUCUAGCGCCCCAGGGAGCAAGAAGACUCCCGGACGCUAUAAAGUUCGGUUCCAGUCGAUUCCCACUUCAUCUUUUUACGAUGACACUUCUAAUACCAGUGCGGGGGACAAUGCGUCACCACUGGACGACACGCCGGUCAGCGCUCGAACUCCCGGUGUAUGGAGGAGCCGAUCCCAAACCUUGCGCGAGUCUGGUUCUCCUAGUCCCACCAGCAACGGCUCUCAGCAUAUGAUAAAGCCCAACGGUACAUCUCCCCCGCAAUCGAACCCUACUCGUAGCCGUAGGCUAGGAAAAAUCGGCGGAAAGCGUGCUGAGCCAGAUGUUGGUGGUAAUUCCAAACAGGAUCAAGCCGAGCAAGCCUGGCAGCAAAACCCUGAACCUGCGUAUACAACCAGGAGCCAGCAGCCGCUCCCUGUCCCUCAGUCUGCGCCAGAUGUGCCCAAAACCAUUGCUUUAUCACCACGAAGGUCCAAGGUCGGUCGUAUCGGUGGUCGAAAUGCAAAGGCCCCUGCACUCGAGCUGGGGCUGGGGGAUCCUACACAGGACGUUAAGAUGAGCACCGCUAUGGAGUCCGACACUAACGAUACGCAUCAACACGAAGAAAUAGAGUCGACGGAUGCUGGUUCUGAGCAGGUUGCUUCGUCGCGUUUUCGGAAUCAGGGGGCUGACGAUGGAGAAUCGCACGGAAAGGGUGGCCCCCCUAUCGUAGAAGAGGAUACAAACCCCGAAGAAUCCGUGAAGCAAUCAGCGGAUCAUCGCCGAGAGAAAUUGAGGCGUCAAUUGGAGACGCAGUCCACGGCAAAACCCAAGAGGAGGCGAUUCUGAGAUGCUGGAUGCAGAGUUUCAUACCGAAGUCUGGAUGCGUCCCUAUCCCGUGUCAGUAGGGCACGCAUCGACGAAAGAUGCCAUAUUAGCCACCAGAGAUUCACGAGACGGUUUAUCGUAUGAUCGAUAGUAAGACGCAAAAGAGUUUCGAUUGCCCUGUCUAUAUUUUGGUUUGCUGUCGUCGUGCGUGUUGCGUUCUCGACGAGGAUCUCGGGGGUCGUCGCUCUCGACCACCCUCGAUGUCCCCGUUUGUUCCCCAUUCACCGAUCACAGUCCAAAAAUUUACUCGAAGCUCCAAAUGCAUUGAUGAGAGUUCCAUUAUACAGUCAAUUACUUACAAGCAUCUGGUAAGGAAGCCCAUCCGAGUCCUCUCGAGUCACGACUGUCAACCGCCAUAACCGGACUAGCGGCUUCGCACGGG